UUUAAUCUCUUAUAGUUUAGAUCAUAGCUCUGAGGAUCAGCUGAUACACUUAAUGACAAGACUGGACCUCCCCGUAUUUAACCGUAUUUAACCGUAUUUUAACAUCAUCAUCGCCGGGUGCACAGGUCUCCAAGAUGGUAAAGUUGUUUGCAGUGUGUGUGUUAUACAAGGGGGUGGAGAAAGCACACUUACUGAAGGCUGCCUACGACCUCCAACAGUUUAGUUUCUUCCAGCGAGGUUCCGUUCAGGAAUUCAUGGCGUUUACCUCCAGAAUUAUUACCGAGCGCAGUAACCCAUGUUCUCGACAGUCUGUUAAAGAACAAGAGUACAUGUGUCACGUACACAUCCGAGCGGACAACCUGGCCGGUGUUGUCAUCUCUGACCACGAGUACCAGUAUAGGGUGGCCCAUAACAUGAUAAACAGGGUGCUGGAUGACUUCGCGGCCAAGGUUCCGUCGCACCUGUGGGUAGACGCAGAGGAGGGUGCUGUGCCAUACCUGGACCUGCCGGCCACACUGGCACGAUGGCAGAACCCCAGAGAAGCCGACUCACUAACCAAGAUCCAGGAGGAAGUCGAGGAAACAAAAAUUAUUUUGCAUAAGACGAUUGAUGCUGUGCUGGAACGAGAGAAAAACUUGACGAACCUGGUCAGCAAGUCAGAGAAUCUAGAGAAGCAUGCAGUCCAGACCUUCUACAAGAGCUGCCAGGAAGACCAACUCUUGUUGCAGCUUUGGAUAACAGGCUGCAGUGGUGGUACUCUGAGUGAGUGUUUGGUGUGGCCUCUGGGCAGGAUUGGUGUGUACUCAGAGGCAGGCUAAGGGGCACACUCUGGGGUAGGGCUUGGUGGGCACUCUGGGGCACAUAGUGCAGCACUCUAAGCUUGAUGCCACAGCUCAGAAGUAAGCUAUGGAGCCACCUUGAGGUCAGCCUGGUACGCAAUUCAGAAGGAAGCUUGAUGUGGCCACCUCUUAGAAGCAAACUUGGUGUCACCACCUCAAAAGCAACUUAAUGCCACACUUAGAAGCCAAACCUGUACUGGCACUUCGAACAAGCCUGUUGCCACACUUAGAAGCAAGCUUGGUGCCAACACUUAGAAGCAAGCUGGUGUCCACACUCAUAGUGAGCCUGGCAUGGCCUUGGUGUGGCCACUUAUCAGAGUGCCUCUAGGUGCAACAUGGAGACACACGAGAUUACUCUGUAUUAAACGUAUAUCUCCGCUAUGAACGCAAGUGUUGAAUGUCGAGUAUACAACAUUGAAACAUUUUGAAAACCCGAUCUAUCAUACAUUGUCGUCCUUAAUAAAGCAAUUUAUUUUCUGAAGUAAAAAA